AUGCAUAUGUCUCCAACUUUUGUAGGACUGGAGGGACGGGAGGUUGACUACGAGGUAGAAUUUCUGGAGGAGGAAGCAGAAGCAGGACCAUCAAAUGUGCAGCAGACAAAACGAUCGUUCCAGGAUACACUGGAUUCUGCUUCGCCCGGAAGUCCUGGAAGUGAAAGUGAACAAGCGGAGCCAAAACAAAUAUUUCGAUUCCCAGCAACUGUAUUCAUCAGAAACUUCAAGGGCCACAAAAAAGGUCCUUCUGUGGGAAAAGUGCAAGUGAACUGUGAAUCAGCUGAGGAGGUAAUGCAAACUGUAUGGGAUUACUGUGAAAAGUUCAUUCGCAGAGAGGCCGUGUUUGAAUCACUCGCUGGUGGAGAUGCUGAUCAAUUUACCGUGCACUGGAAUGAUGAUUUGAACCCAGAAGUCGGCGAUAUGGAUGAGUUCAUCUCCUUCCAAGAUAAAGCCUCGAAACGCACGUUUAAACCAUUACAGUUGCUAGAAAAGCCAGACAAAAUGCAGAAAUUUCUGAACAGAGAUAUUAACGUGUUUGUGCACAUUUAUUCGGAGUCGGUGACCUCAACCGCUAUGUACGAAACACUGCGAGUACAGCUGAUAAAACCGGAGGAGCGUGACCGAGCAGGAGCAGCAGCCAACCAGGCAAACAGUAAUUUGUCCACUGAGUUGAAUGAACUCUACAAGCUAUCCUACAUUUCAUCGGACAUCAACUGGUCUGUAUGGGCUUCGUACUUACUGACCAAAGACGCGCUUGAACGAGAGGAAUUGAAGUUCCGAGGACCUCCCCAACAUCUGAUACAUUUGUUCCAGACGGUUCCCUCAUGCUCUCAAAACGUGCUGAAUCACACUCGUCAGGAUGUAUGCAUUGCCCAAAAUGUUAAUUCAGGGUAUAAACAAUUGUUGGAUGGCCUGCAAGCAGAUUUGGACCAGCUUAUGACAUAUGCUAAGGCGAUGCAAUUGCGCUUGACCGCAUUGCAAACGAUGCAGGCAACUAACACUUCAUUGCUAGCAGAUGUGUCUGGCAGUAUUGCUGUAUCUGAAGAUAGCUUUGGGCAGAAACUCGCCGAGGAAGUGACCGACUGCUUGGAUGUCGACCAUCAAUAACGAUUUGCUGAUCCUGAUUCCGAACGAUUCCAUACGCAUUCGGGACGACCAACUGAUUGAAGCUGUUGCUUAUUGAACAUCUCUUUGUUUUGAGUUUAUGAAAUAAAAAAAAGGUGAACAACAUUUGAUUAUUUGAUUUAUUGUUUAUUAAUCCUUAUUACGUACAUUCUCAAAUCCCAAUGAUUCGAUAUUUUGACUUAGUCCGUUUGCCGGAUUGAA